AUGCGAACAUCAGGAAGACGGACUUCUGACAGACAAUCCACAUCCUUGUUAAGUGAUGCAUUACCUGAUGUAAGCAGUUCUGUUGGUGUUCUUGCUGAUGAUUCGAGAAAUAUUGUCACACUCAUUGAAGAAGAAUAUAACAAAAUUUCGCAAAAAAUUAUCAUGGUAGAUAAUGCGAAUUCUACUCAAGGACUUCGACUUUCUUAUAAAUCCAAAUGUUUGCAUGGCUAUGCUCUGAAAGAAACCAAUGUUUGUGAAGGAAUCAAAGUUGGCGACGAGGUAACAUUUGAAGUAACACUGGAAGCUACACAUUGCGUAAAGCAACGAGAUUUUGAACUCAAAAUUGGCCCCAGUGGCUUGGAUGAGACACUUGCUGUUGACGUUCACGUCCAAUGCGACUGUGAUUGUGAAUCAAAUGUAAUUGUCUUUACAAUAGAAUAUAGUCCUGUAUGUCACGGUAAGGGUGAUUUAGUAUGUGGCGUUUGCAUCUGCAGAGGAACGAAUGUUGGACGCCAUUGUGAGUGCGACGCUCCUGGACUUUCAACCGUUGCUCUUGAUGCCAAGUGUAAAAGGACGAAUGAAAGUGCCAUAUGUGAAGGUCGCGGUAUUUGUAAUUGUGGUGUUUGUGAAUGCAUUCAGCGUGAUAAUGUAAAUGAGAAAAUAUCGGGUCAAUAUUGUGAAUGUGAUAAUUUCAAUUGUCCACGACACGACCGGAAAAUAUGUGCUGGGCAUGGUACUUGUGAUUGUGGGCAGUGCACCUGUGAGCCUGGAUGGACUGGUCGCGCAUGUGAAUGUCCCCUCAGUUUGGAUAGUUGUAUGGCAGCUAAUGGAAAAGUUUGUAACGGUCAGGGUGAAUGUAUCUGUGGUCGAUGUAGAUGUUUUAGUGAUGGUCCCGGCAACCGAUAUUCAGGUCCGAAAUGCGAAAUUUGUCCGACUUGCCCUUCAAAAUGUGUCGAACACAAGCCAUGUGUAAUGUGCCAACAAUGGCAGACUGGCCCGUAUAAUGAAACUCAAUGUGCUGAUUGUCCUUUUACUGUAAUAGCAGUCAAGGAGUUACCUGUAUUGAAUGAAACUAUUGAAUGCCAGUUUGUGGAUUCAGCUGAUGACUGCACUUUUUAUUUUCUGUAUUUUCAUGACGAAAGAACUGACAAUUUAACGGUUUGGGUAAAAGAAGAAAAGGAUUGUCCACCACCUGUUCCUGUACUUGCCAUAGUUCUUGGCGUCAUCGCUGGUAUUGUCAUAUUAGGAUUGAUAUUAUUGCUUGUUUGGAAAUUGCUUACCGUGCUUCAUGAUCGUGCUGAAUUUGCCAAGUUUGAUAAUGAAAGGCUUAUGGCUAAGUGGGACACGAAUGAAAACCCCAUCUAUAAACAAGCAACAACAACAUUCAAAAACCCUGUUUAUAUCGGAAAUUCGAUGAAAAACAAGUGA